UUGUUGACCUAAUUUUUAGACAACUCUUGAGUCUUGUGGAAGCAGGCGGUUUGUACACACCUACCACGAAAGAUUAGCUUAUUUGUCAUUUGCAAACAAAAUGAAGUGUUUGGCAGUUGCACUUGUUCUUGUGAAUUUUAUUUCUACAUCCGUGUCGACCAAAUGUAAUUUUCCACCCGAGUUGUGGUGCUCAUCAAAAGAAAUCGCCGAGUUAUGUAAGGUAACAGAACAAUGUGCUGUCAACAGUUGGAAUAUCAAGUCUGAUGGACCACUGGUGAAAUUUACCCUGUAUUACGAAUCAUUAUGUCCUGAUUGUAAAAGAUUUUUUGCUGAACAACUUUUUCCAGCUUACCAGGCUGUUGGUAAAAUAAUGAACCUUACCAUUGUACCAUAUGGUAACGCAGAGGAGACUAAAGAUGGUGAUCUGUGGAAAUAUAAUUGUCAACACGGACCAAAUGAAUGCGUUGGUAACUUGAUAGAUACUUGUGCUAUUUAUUAUAUGACCCAACCAAUAUAUUUCCCUUAUAUACACUGUAUGGAGAAAUCAUCGCUUGAUCCGAUUACAGCAGCUAAAAAGUGUGGUCCUAUAUAUAGUGCACCAGUAGAUCGGAUAUUGGAAUGUGCUAACUCAAGUUUUGGUAACAGAUUAGAACAUGAAAUGGCUGUAAAAACUGAUGCUCUUCAACCACAGCAUCAAUAUGUACCAUGGGUUACACUGAAUGGGGUACAUACAGAAAAACUGGAGAAGGAAGCCGAGGCUGAUUUAAUUAAAUUAAUCUGUCAAACAUAUCAAGGCUCCGUGAAGCCAGCAGCAUGUAAGAAGUUUGAUCAACCAGACUCAAAACGUUGUUAUAAAUAAAUACUAAUUGAUAAAUAUCAAACAGGUUUUACUCAUUAGGCAAUUUAUGAAUAUCAAAUGAUGCAUAGAACUUCAAUCGGAUUAAAGCACAGAUCCUAUUUCUUUUCGUUUUUUAUAGUUCAAAAUUUCGCUUUAAUUGUCUUUACUACACUAGGAUCUGGAAGAGAGAUAAGCUAAUGAAACGGUCUGUUAUCAAUAUCUGACAUCAUAGGGUCAAAAGCUUCUUGUACGACACCUGACGCAACCAUACAGUACAACCAGUCAGAUCUUCAUGUAGUGUAGGCCAUCGAAAGUAUAAAAAAAUGAAACGAAAUAUAGAUCUGUAUUUUUAUCAGAUUGCAUAGAACAUCAUCAAUAGAUACCCCGAAAAUCCUUGAAAAUAAAAUUGACCAAUGGGCAAAAUGUCUGUAUUUAUAUCAUUAUGCAAGAGCUAAAUCUGUCUAUUGCGGGUCUUUCUUUAGGCAUGAAAUGUUUUCUAAAUUAUUAAUUAGACAUUAAUUAACUUAUCCAGACCAUAAUCAACUCUCUAUGCUAUCUUAUGUGUCGAAUUUUCACUGAAUUUGAAUCUGAUCUGCUGCUCAAUGCUCAUUGAUGGUUAAAUCAAAAAAUGAAUAAUCAAGACAAUGUUUUUUAUCGUACCGACUUUAGUAAUGAUAAUCGAGGCUAGGCCUAAAAUUCAUUCGCUAAUAUAUUGGUUUAGAGUGGAGCAGUUUGACUGAAAUUUUCAGCAUAUUCCGUUAACAUUACCUGCUCUUUAUCUAAUCUUCCAUAAUGCCCCCUUGAUGACUGUGAUAUAACAAUAAUUUGUAUAGUACUCCAUUUUAUUACAUAACUUAAUAUUCGGGCGUGUAUCCAGGGGGGGGGGGGGCAGACCCCUCCCUGCUGAUCCAGAUAAUAUUUUUUCUCUCCUACAUUCACGGAAAUAAUGCUGUUUUGGCUCAUUCCACUCUAAUCCUAUAGAUCAGUGAUUCUCAACCGGUGAUAGAUCUUGCUAAGUGUGCCGCGAAAAUGCGAAAAACCACAUGAUCCCAUUUGCGUAUUCGCUCGUGUUUACUGGUAAUUUCAUAGCAGCGUUUUUCUUUAUUUAGUUUGAGUCAUUUUAUGGUUGUAUGCCGUCUAUGACUUGUCAUGCUUUUAUUUUACAAAAUUCACAUAUUUUUACAUAUAUUUUCAUGUGUUCCAAGGUGUGCCGUUGCCGUUGGCAAAAAAGGGUUGAGAACCACUGCUAUAGAUGUAUGCACACAAAUGAGCAGAAAUAUUGUCUUAAACCUUCUGGUCCCCAAGUUCAUAAAUAAUUUUCAGACUAAUGUUAAGAAUUGACUUAAAAAUGUUUGCCUUAUUUAACUAAAAUAUAGCCCUUUAUAAAUUUUUUGUUGUUUUAUUGUAUCAAAUACAUCAAUAAGGAACUAUGAGCAAAGUUUUAUGUUUCUGGAUCAAAGAUAUUUGUCAUAAACAGUGAUUGAAAGUUGAGUAAAUUCUUAACUUAAGUUUGAGAAUGCUUUGUGAACUCGGGGCCUGAAUUUAUCAAAUUUGUGGGUAGUUCCACCCGACCAUACGUGAAACUUCACGUUGUGUCCCCCUUUGACCUCCUGCUGCUCAAUUUCCAAGACACACACCUGAAUAUUGUACAUGUGUCAAUGUUAACCUCUCUUAACUUUGUGUCAUUUUUUUUUUUUCAUUUUUUUUUUAAACUGUUUGUAUUUGGUUUUUUUUUUGACAUAGCCAACACAUCUGCAAGUCCGAAUUAUUAUAACACGAACAUUCCAUUUCUGUUUUAUUGUACGAUUGGUAACUUGUUGACGAGGAAUAACAUUAUGAACUGCCCCCAACCCCUUAGCUAACUGGUGCUUGCUAAGAUCUACAUGUACAUCUACACACAAUCCCCUACCAUACAAAUACCGCCCCCCCCCCCCCACACCACAAAAAUACCCACACCCACCUAACAAAUACCCCCCCCCCCACCCACACAAAUAUCCAACCCACCACACCAAUACCCACACCCCAGUCCGCCACAAAAAUAACACACCACACAAAUACCCUACCCCCACCCCACACAUCUUAUAUACAAUCACAAGCAUCAACAUUUUGUAGUUAUUUUGUAGAUUUUUAAAUACCGGUGUAUACAAAUGUAUUCUAUUUUUUUCUGAGAUAAUUAAACUAAUAAAAAUAUUUUUUGUCAAAUUCA